AUGAGUUUUCCUUCUUCUGCAGUCGUGGUGCUAUAUCGCAGCUGGGCGCGUCAGUCAGUCUGCAGGAAGCAUGCGCUGCUUCGCUAUAUGAGCCAUAGCUCGGAGGUGCAUGCCAAAGAGCAAUCAUACGCGAAAAGCACGGGGCAUGCUCCACAGGACGUUGUAACCUUCGAGUCCCUUGGAGUGCGCACACCAAUUGCGGCGUCUCUUCGUGCUGCAUUCCCCCAUGUUCAGCAACCCACGACAAUGCAGCGCAAGCUGAUAUCCGGAGUGGUGGGUAAACAGGAUAUCCUCUUGCAGGACUUCACGGGUACUGGAAAGUCAUUCGGAUUGCUACUCGGACUUUUGAGCAAACCAAGGAUAUCUAGAUACGAUCCGGAAAAGGGAAAGGACAAUGCAACAAAAGGCAUUACGACUCUCCUGAUCGUCCCCCACCGUGACCUCGCCUACCAAUUUUUGCACUGGUUACACCACAUGCUAACGUCUGCCGGUGAACCUGCUCCAUACUCGCUCGCUUCGAUUGCACAGGUGCUAGUGCGCGGCUCACCACCGGAAAACCUCAAAAACUCAUCUCCUCGGAUCCUUGAGGCGAUCGUGAACCCAUCGUCGUCUGGAAUAUCCGUGCUCCGAGAAUAUCCUCCGCAUAUACUCAUUGCCACGCCAACUGCGCUUAUAGACGUACUUCACAAGGAGCCCGAAGUACUUCAGUUGUCCACGUUAACGACUGUCGUCGUUGAUGAGGUGGACUCGCUUCUACAAGUGGUGCCCCAGAAAGGCUCAAAGCAUGCCAGAGAAAAAGCGGAGCGGUUAAAUGAAAAACACCCUCCUAUUUUGAAGACUGUACUGGAUGUACUCUAUACGAAUACGAAAACUAGUAGUUCGCAACUACGAAAGCGUCUUCUGGAGAUGAAGCUGGCCCCAAUUCAUCGGCCGCAGCUUAUCAUGCUCAGUGCAACGAUGCGAAAUAGGUUGAGGACAGCUUUCUUUGGCACUUACGGAUGGUUCAGAAGCGGGCAAGUGCUCAAGCUUAUCAAGGCUUCGUCCAGUUCGCGUGCGGCUCACGGUCUUAACCGCACGAUCACACACCAUAUUCUUGUCGUUUCACAGGAUGGUUCUGUGAAAAAUAUAGCUGGUGCGCGCAAACCACGAGCCCUUGCACCGCCGGACUCCUCUGGGACUGCAAACUCUUAUGUGGAGGACGAAGAAGAAGAAGAGUUUAUUUUUGAUGAAGACGAUGAGGCACUGCUCGUUGAUGAUACUGACACGGACAUGCUGCAAGCUCCUCCUGUUUUCACUCCAGGGAUGCUUGAGGCUGUGGCAUCUGCAUUCGCUCUGGACGUACCAAACAUCGCGCUACUUGUGGUACCUGCAACGACAUCCGUCCGACGGGUUAUUUUCGAGCUGAAUCAACUCGGUGUGAAUGCCCACGGUCUGGAUCUCGUGGACAAUGAGGCCGGUCGCGUACACCUUCUAUCUAAGAACAGCGAUAUUCCGGAUGAGAAUCCCACAUUGCUUGUAUCGACCCUCGCAACGACCCGAGGGAUCGAUUUUCCUGCGCUGACCCACGUUUUUCUCCUUGGACUUCCGGAAGGACGCGCGGGAGACGUUUACCAGCAUGUCGCAGGGCGAGUUGGUAGGUUCGGCCGGCAAGGCAAAGUUAUCACAGUCUUGGAGGGACGCCGGGAGGAUGAAGGAAAGAAAGGCAAGGUUUCGGUCAGGGAUGAUUCAAGAAAGAUGGAGAUGACGUUGAAGAAACUUGGCAUUCCAGUUACAAAGGUAGAACAUUUUGACUGACAGAAGAAGCGCGGGGUAGCGUGCCCGUCGGUACACGUGCUACGGUACAUUAGAUAUUCCUAGGUAAACGGCGUUGUAAACCGUAGUAGUCGGAUGAACGUUGGACGAGGCUCGAGCUGGUCUAGGUGAACAUGAGGAUUGAUGUGGCGUACUUGGUUAACGGCGUGGGUUGCUCGGAUCGAGUCCAAAUAGGUCCAUAUGGCAUGAUGUAACCUUGG